CACGUUUCCUGACCUGUUAGCGUUGAAAACUUCUUAAAUAGAAAAUAAGAAAAAUAAGAAAAAAAUUUUAAACCCAAAUCCAAUCCUUUGAACGAAUUUCUCUCCCCCCAAAUUGGCUGUGCUAGGGUUUCAACCCCGACUCCGACCCGCCAAAUUCUCUCCCCAAAACCCUAGCACCCACCACGGCAAUCUCCCCUUCGUCUUCUCCGUCGUUGUCUCUGCAUGGUUCGGGUCCGAUUCGGAGCUCCAUUGUCUAUUUGGAUCCGGAUUCGCCUCGCCAGCUCCGUCUCCGCCAAUGGCGUCGACGGCUUCAGCUUCUGCCAAUAGAUCGGAGCCUCCGACAAUGAGAUCAGAAGAAACAGUUCCAACUGUUAAGGACAUAUCAUCAGUUGUAGAUUCUCUAAAGAAGGAUGUUGCGUCUAACCGUUGUCUUUCCAUAAAGAAAAGAAUGGAAGAAAAUAAUCAGAAAUUAGUUGGUGUCACAAACUAUCUAUAUAAGUUGUCAACAGAAAGAACAAGCCAGUUUAGUGAUGCUGGUAAAUGUGUAGAUUUGCUGUCAAGAAGGCUGAAAGAUGCAUUUGAUAUGCAAAAUGGCAUCGAUGUUAGUAAUGGCAGCAAGGAUAGCCCAGAAGAAAAUGACCACGCAUCUACAGCAGUUCUUCUGGGAUCUAAUGUUGCAGUCAAGAAUGCUGUUCGUCCUAUUAAGCUUUUAGAAGUUAAAAGAUUACCUCCUUAUACUACAUGGAUAUUUUUGGACAGAAAUCAAAGAAUGACCGAGGAUCAGUCGGUAGUCGGUCGAAGGAGAAUCUAUUAUGAUCAAAGUGGAGGUGAAGCUCUAAUAUGUAGUGAUAGUGAGGAGGAAGUAAUUGAUGAAGAAGAGGAAAAGAGAGAUUUUGUAGAGUCUGAAGACUAUAUACUUAGAAUGACUAUAAAAGAAGUUGGGCUUUCUGAUUCUGUUCUGGAGUCACUGGCGCAAUGUUUUUCUAGAAGCCCAAGUGAAAUCAAGGCAAGAUAUGAGAAUAUUGUUAAGGAAGGCAAGGCUGUGGGGGGUUGUAAGAAUGGGGAUAAUGAAGACACUUCACAACUGGCAAAUUCUUUUCUUGAUAAAGAUGUUGAUGCAGCUUUGGAUUCAUUUGAUAAUCUGUUUUGUCGCCGAUGUCUUGUGUUUGAUUGUAGAUUACACGGAUGUUCCCAGGAUCUCGUCUUUCCUGCUGAGAAACAAACGACAUGGAGCUCUCCAGAUGACGAAAAAGUACCAUGUGGUCCACAUUGCUAUCGAUCAGUUCUGAAGUCGGAAAAAAUUGUCAAAGUUAGCUCUCCCUUGAAUGGUGAUUUUGUUGAAAAGAUGACCACAAGAGCUGAUGCUGCUAGUGCUCAGAUAUCUUCUAGAAAGAAAGGUGCUGGCCCAUCUGCUAGAAAGAGGGUGAAAUCCUAUCAAAGUGAAAGUGCAUCGUCAAAUGCAAAGAACAUCUCAGAAAGCAGUGACUCAGAGAAUGGACCAAGACAAGACGCUACUUGUGUCCUUCCAUCAUCACCUUCAAAGUGUAGAGUUGCAGGAAAGUCUGGAAUGCGCAAGAGGAAUAGCAAGCGAGUUGCAGAGCGUGUUCUUGCUUGCAUGCAGAAAAGACAGAAGAAAAUGAUGGCACCUGAUUCUGAUUAUAUUGUUAAUGGCGGUCUUUGCCACAUUGAUAUGAAACUGAGAUUUAAUUCAUGCAAAGAAAAUGAAGAUACGAGUUCUUCUUCACAUAAGAAUGUGAAAUCUCCUAUUACUGGAAGGUCCAGAAGGAAGGAUUCACCAAUGAAAGACAGACGCAAAGAAAUUCAGGGUGAGGUUCCAGAUGGUUCCUCAAAUGAGAUGAUCACAGAUCCACCUGCUCCUAGUUGUGAUGAAAACUCAAGGAAAGAAGAGUAUGUUGAUGAAAACAUAUAUAAACAAGAUUCAAGUGAUGAUAAAUCCUGGAAAACUAUAGAGAAAGGUCUUUUUGAGAAAGGCAUUGAAAUCUUUGGCCGGAACAGUUUCAGAUAUGAAUGCGUGAUAGUUGAUGAUCUUAAUAUAUCAGAAACUGUGGUCGACUUCAGAGGCUUCUUAUUCAAUCUGAAUAUAUUCUUUUGA